ACAAGAACAGCAACAAGGAUUUGCCAAUGCAAGUGCAAAUGCAAAUGCAAAGAAUCAAAGAUCAGCAAGUGCGUAUAUUAUGGGCCGCUCCAAGUUCCCCGGGAAACCAUCCAAGUCGAUUAAUCGUAAGCGGAUAAGUGUCCUACAAUUGGAGGAUGAUGCCGCAUCAUCGGCAGCGCAGCAGCAUCAGCAGGGCGAACAGAGUACAGACUCCGCGUCGCGCGACAAAGGCAACAAUUGUGAUAACGAUGACGAUGAUAAUGCGUCGAGUGGCGCGGCGACCAGUGGUGCAACCAGUGGCGCUGCGGCCGACACUGCCGGCAAUGGUGCAGGAGCAGGAUCGGGUGGAUCAGGUGGCGGCGGGGGCGGGGGCGGAAGCGGAGGCGGUACAACAAAUGGCGGCAAUGUAAAUGGUGGCAGUCAUCAUAAGAGCGCCACAUCGGAGGUCAAGGAAUGCAAAAAUCAAGGCAACAAUAUCGAGCUUAACAACAGCAAUGCUGCCUCCGGGCCCGAUGAUGCCGCCGAGGACACGAACAACGAUGACGACGAUGACAGCAGCACCAAUGACAAGAGAACAACAACAGCAACAACAACAACAGCAGCUGCUGCUGUCGCCCUUGUGCCUCAAUGCCUCAGUGCGUUGCAGCGUGCACGCAAAGGAGGCAAUAAAAAAUUCAAAAACUUGAAUCUGGCCAGAGCGGAGGUGAUGUUGCCCUCAACGUCGAAACUCAAGCAACAACAACAAUUGCAACUUAAUUGCCCUUCAUCAUCCUCAUCGUCAACAGCAGCAACUAUAGCGAGUGCGAGUGCAACGCUGGCAGCGACGUCGACCUCAACGUCAUUGUCGCUGUCGAUGCCAGCAGUUGCUGCUGCGGCUGCUGGGGGCGGGGGAGGCGCAGCUGCUGGUCUGCUGACGAACCCCUUUGCCAGCGCCGUCGUCGUCGAGUCAAAUGUGGCCGAGGAGGCAACGGGCGCUGGCAACGAAGACGCUGCAAUGUUAAAGCCAUCAAUCGAAAUGGCCAAUGAGACGGCAACGGAAGCAGCCGUCGACGCUUCCACCGCCACCGCUGCUGUUGUCCCCAGUCCCAAUCCAAACAGUGUGGCGGCCUCGACGAUUAGUGCUGCCACAGGGACACAGCCGCCAGCGACGGCGAUCAAGCAAAAGAAAACUGUCACCUUCAAGAACAUACUGGAGACCAGCGAUGACAAGUCGGUGGUCAAGCGUUUUUACAAUCCGGAUAAUCGGGUGCCGCUCGUCUCCAUCAUGAAGAAGGAUAGCAUGAAUCGACCGCUCAACUAUUGCAGGGGCAGCGAGUUCAUUGUGCGUCCCUCCAAACUGUCCAAGAUACUCAAUACUUACUCCAACAUCGACAAGCUCAACUCGCUGAAGUUUCGCUCAGUGCCUGUGGCGAUGGCAUCCUCUAGCUCCUCAUCGAUACAGGAUUCCAGCUCAAUGAGCCUCUUUGGCUCUGGCCUAUCGCGCGCUUUUGGCGCACCACUGGCCGAUGAGGAUGCCGUCUCUGGCGGUGUCACAUUUCGCAAGCAUGAGCCCCAGCAAAAGGCAUCCGAUGACAACGAAGAUGAUGGCUCGGCAAGCAGCGAUGACAUUGAGGAUGAUGAUGAUAUGGACGAAGACGACAUGGAGGACAAUGAUGAGGCAGUCUCUGAGAAGAGCGCCGAACCCGCUGCAAGCGUUAAUGAAAUGGACGUCGACGAUAGGCAACUGGAAGUGGAUAAGUCCACUGUGCCACCAACGCGCACGCGAUCUUCGCGCAUCGUUAAGCCCAAUAAACGGCUAUUGGAGUUGGGCAGCCUUAGCAGCAAGAAGAACUCCAAUGAUGCCGGUGUCAAAGCAAAGCCCAAGAAUUACUUUGGCCUGGGUGGUGACUUUUCUGGCGACACAGCCACCGCCACCGCCCCCGUAUCGACGUCUAGCUCAUCCUCAACGUCGUUUCCCAACUUUGGCACCGCUAAGCUCAACAACAGCAGCUUUGUGCUGCGCCAGUCGCGCCUACAAUUUCCAUUGGAUAAGAGCGUCUCAUUUGCGGGCCUGCCCACAGUCUCCAGUGCCAUUGCGCCAGCAAAUGUUCAAAUGUCAUUUGGCUCGCUCAACAAUGCCAAUUCAGUUGUGGCCAUGUCCUGUGUGGUUUGCGGCACGCCCGUUAGUAACAAGGAUGCGCCAUUGGCACGCAAGUUCGGCGUAAUUGCUUGUGAAGUCUGUCGCAAGUUCAUCUCCAGAAUGACAAAAAUAUCGAAAUCAUCAACGGCCAUGCACUCGAGCUCCAGCUCCAGCUCAAAUGCAGCGUUAACCAGUCAGCAAGUACAGUGCAAGGGCACAGAUGACACCGGUGGCAGCUGUAAUAUACAAUCGCUCAAAAGCCAGCUGAAGAACUUCAAGAAAUUGUACAAGGAGCGCUGCACGGCAUGUUGGUUGAAGAAAUGCCUGACAGCAUUUCAGCUACCCACGGCGCACAGAAGUCGCAUGAGUGCCAUACUACCAGCCAACAUGCGCGAUGAGGCUGCCGGCAAGGAUGAUAAAGGAUGCCCCGAGCUGCUAUCGCCAACGGCUAGUUUGCGUUUCUCAGCGCCGACUGUCGCUGUAUCCUCUUCUGUGGGUGGUACGACCAUCAAGUGGAAAUCCAGUGCGGAGACAACAGUGAGCUCCAUUAAAUCGAAUCCGUUGGCCGAGAACAAUGUCACCUUUGGCAGCACACCGAUACUGCGCCCAGCCAUACUCGAAAAGCCGUUGUUCUUGAAAAUCGGUAACGCUGUCGGCGAUACGAAGAAAACCAAAGAGUCUAAAAUUGGUGCUGCUGCGGAGACUGCUGUUGGUCAAACUGCUGUGGCCAGCAGCAAUGAAGCAGCUGCACCAGCUAAAAUCACACGCAAGGCCAAACAGGACAAGGAGAAAGCGUCCAGGGAGCAGGAAAGUGAAAAAUUGCUCAGUCCCAGUGCCAAAAAGGCGAUUGAUGCGGCGACUACCCAAGAGACUCAAAAGGAUGAACCACAAACAACGGCAGCAAUUGCAGCGCCGCCUCCGUCACAGACUAGUUCAACUGCUGCCGCAAGCAUCAAUCAAGUGGAGGCUGCCGAGGUGGUGGCCUCAACAUCCACAUCAACGGUGCCAGAUAACUUGAAGCGGCAACGUAUCGAUUUGAAGGGUCCGCGUGUGAAGCAUGUGUGCCGCAGUGCAUCCAUUGUGCUGGGUCAACCGCUGGCCACUUUUGGCGACGAGGAUGAUGAGUUGGCAGCGGUUGAGUCUGUGCAAACAGCAACAACUACAACUAAUGCGACACCACCAGAGGUGACAAACCCGAAGAAACCGAAGUCGCCAUUGCCUGUGCAAAUGAUGGUUACCGAUGAGAACGACAACUGUGCCACAUGCAAGCCGGUGCCAAGUGGAGACACAGCCGAGGCACAGCCUCAGCCAGUUGUAAAAGGCGUGCUGGAAUCAAAGAGCAACAAAUCAAAUACCAACCAAUCAGAGGCUAAAAAGGCAGCAGCUACAGCAGGAGCAGGAGCAUCCAAGGGCAAGGUGUCCACACGCAAUGCGACAUCAUCAGUGUCGUCAUCCGCCAACGGACUAGUGGCCAGCAAGAAGCAGCGAAAUAUCGAAGCCAGCAGUAAUGCGGGAAAUCAGGCGACAGCGGCACAAAGUCGCCGUGCUUUAGCCAAGGAGGUGAACCGAUUAAAGGCCCUGAUAUCGACAGACUUCUGGGAGAACUAUGAUCCGGCUGAGGUAUGCCAAACGGGCUUUGGACUGAUCGUCACAGAGACUGUGGCACAGCGUGCGCUCUGCUUUCUGUGCGGCUCGACGGGGCUGGAUCCGCUCAUCUUCUGUGCUUGCUGCUGUGAGCCCUACCAUCAGUAUUGUGUGCUGGACGAGUACAAUCUGAAGCACAGCUCCUUUGACGACACACUGAUGAACAGUCUGCUCGAGACGAGCAGCAUUUCGGCUAUCACAAAUACAGCGCUGACUCAGCUGACGCAGCGUCUGAACUGGCUGUGUCCACGGUGCACCGUCUGCUACACGUGCAACAUGUCGUCCGGAUCGAAAGUGAAGUGUCAAAAGUGCCAGAAGAACUAUCACAGCACAUGUCUGGGCACCAGCAAACGUCUCCUCGGCGCCGAUCGUCCGCUCAUCUGUGUCAAUUGUCUCAAGUGCAAAUCGUGCGCCACCACCAAGGUGUCCAAGUUCGUUGGCAAUCUGCCCAUGUGCACCGCCUGCUUUAAGUUGCGCAAGAAGGGAAACUUCUGUCCAAUCUGUCAAAAGUGCUACGACGACAACGAUUUUGAUCUAAAGAUGAUGGAGUGCGGCGAUUGCAAUCAAUGGGUGCACUCCAAAUGCGAAGGUCUCAGCGAUGAGCAAUACAAUCUGCUCAGCACUCUGCCCGAGUCCAUUGAGUUUAUAUGCAAGAAGUGUGCAAGACGCUGCGAUGUCUCACGCAACAAGGCAGAAGAGUGGCGACAGGCCGUCAUGGAGGAGUUCAAGUCGAGCCUGUACAGUGUGCUGAAGCUGCUCAGCAAGUCGCGGCAGGCGUGCGCCCUGCUCAAGCUCAGUCCGCGCAAGAAAUUGCGCUGCAGUUGCGCGGCUGGCGCGGCCAAGACUCAGAGCCAGGGCAAGUUGCAGCCGAAGGCACUGCAGUUCAACUACAAUGGUCUCGGGAGCGAUGGUGAGUCACAGAACAGUGACGAUGUCUACGAGUUCAAGGAGCAGCAAUCGCAAGCCAAUCCCAAGCCAACAACGCCAGUGCCAUGCAGCUGCCUGCAGCCGGUGACACAAUCGCAUUCGUUUAGCCUGGUCGAUAUCAAGCAGAAGAUCGCCGGUAAUGCGUACGUAUCACUGGCGGAAUUCAACUACGACAUGAGCCAGGUGAUACAGCAGAGCAACUGUGAUGAACUGGACAUUGCCUACAAGGAGCUGCUGAGUGAGCAGUUUCCUUGGUUCCAGAACGAAACGAAGGCCUGCACCGAUGCACUCGAGGAAGACAUGUUUGAGUCGUGCGGCUACGAGGAACUGGAGGAGUCACCAUCCACCUAUGCCCAGGAGCAUGCGGCAUCUCAACCUCCUCGUGUUGGCGUCCUCGACAUACCGCUGGAUGAUGUGGAUGAUCUGGGCAGUGGCUGUGCGCUGAAAACCCGUCUCGAUUCGCGCGUCUGCCUCUUCUGCCGCAAGAGCGGCGAGGGUCUCUCCAGUGAGGAGGCGCGUCUGCUCUAUUGCGGUCACGACUGCUGGGUGCACACAAACUGUGCCAUGUGGUCCGCCGAGGUGUUCGAGGAGAUCGAUGGAUCACUGCAGAACGUGCACAGUGCUGUGGCGCGCGGACGCAUGAUUAAGUGCACCGUUUGUGGGAAUCGUGGCGCCACAGUUGGCUGCAAUGUCAAGUCGUGCGGUGAGCACUAUCAUUAUCCCUGUGCGCGGAGCAUCGAUUGCGCCUUCCUCACUGACAAGUCCAUCUAUUGUCCGGCACACGCACGCAAUGCCCUCAAAGCGAACGGGUCGCCCAGCGUCACCUAUGAAUCGAACUUUGAGGUGUCGCGUCCCGUCUACGUGGAACUUGAUCGCAAGCGCAAGAAACUGAUUGAGCCGGCGAAGGUGCAGUUUCACAUUGGUUCGCUGGAGGUGCGACAAUUGGGUUCGAUUGUGCCACGAUUCUCGGACUCGUUUGAGGCCAUUGUGCCGAUCAAUUUUCUGUGCAGUCGCCUCUACUGGUCAUCGAAGGAGCCCUGGAAAAUUGUGGAGUACACGGUGCGCACCACCAUACAGAAUAGUUACUCCACCACACUGACACUGGAUGCUGGUCGCAAUUUUACCGUGGAUCACAGUAAUCCCAAUUGCUCGCUGGUGCAGCUGGGUCUGGCGCAGAUAGCCAAAUGGCAUGGUAGCUUAGCGCGCAGCGAUCUCCUCGAGUCAGAUUGGGCCGAGUUUCCCAAUUCGUAUGUGCCGCCCGAUGAGAAUACGGAGGAAGAACCGCAGCAGAAUGCCGAUCUAUUGCCGCCAGAGAUUAAGGAUGCGAUAUUUGAGGAUUUGCCGCAUGAGCUGCUCGACGGCAUCUCCAUGCUGGACAUAUUCAUGUACGAGGAUCUGGACAAGACUGAAUUCGCGAUGAGCGAACAGUCCAAGGAUGGCACAACACCCAGCUUGACCCAAGCAGCGGGCAGCGCUUCAGUCACCAUCUGUGACGAGGACACACGCAAUUCGAAUAGCCUGAGCAAACAGCUGGAGCUGAGCAAUUGCUGGCCAGCCAGCAAUCCAGUCGAGGAUGCCAUGCUCUCAGCCGCGCGCAGCUCUAAUCAGGCCAAGCAGCUGAAGAGCAAAGCCACAGCUCCGACCCGCUCCUGGGCCAAAUUAGAUGGCAGCAGUGUGGCGGCCCUUAAACGACGCAAACUCUCCAAGAAUCUGACCGAGGGCGUCCUCCUCAGCCUCAACCAGCGUAGCAAAAAGGAAAUGGCCACAGUGGCCGGCAUCACGCGACGUCAGUCCGUCUGCAGCAGUAGCAAUGGCGAAAUCUCAACCGACGCCAGCGCUGGCAUGCGCACCAAGAGCUUUACGUGGAGUGCGGCAAAGCGUUACUUUGAGAAGAGCGAGUCCCGCGAUGAGCCCGCCAAGCUGAAGAUCAUGCAAAUGGAUGGCGUGGAUGACUCGAUUACCGAGUAUCGCAUCAUUGGCGGCGAUGGCAAUCUGUCGACGGCACAGUUUACGGGCCAGGUGAAGUGUGAGCGUUGCCAGUGCACCUAUCGCAACUAUGACUCCUUCCAGCGCCAUCUGCCCAGCUGUGAGCCCAUGUCCACCAGUGAAUCCGAAUCGGAGACAACAACUGCCGCCGCCGCUACUCAACUUAGUGCCGAGAGCCUCAAUGAGCUGCAGAAGCAGGCACUGGCGGCCGCCACAUUGACCAAUGGAGGUGGCCUCAACUAUCUGCAGACAUCGUUUCCCCAAGUCCAGAAUCUGGCCACAUUGGGGCAGUUUGGUGUGCAGGGACUGCAGGGUUUGCAAGCGCUUCAAUUGCAGCCGCAGUCCUUGGGCAAUGGUUUCUUUCUAUCACAUCCAAAUGCUGCUCCGGCCACCAGCAAUGGCAACGACGAACUGCAACUAUAUGCGAACUCACUGCAGAGCUUGGCCGCCAAUCUGGGUGGGGGCUUCACUCUGGCACAGCCGACGCAAGCGCAGCCCCAGUUAAUUGCGCUCUCCACAAAUCCGGAUGGAACGCAACAGUUCAUCCAAUUGCCACAAAGCACUGCGGGAGCGACACAAUUCCAGACGGCGGCGCCAACGUUAGCAACGACGACCACAUACCAGACACUGCAGGCGACCAACAGUGAUAAGAAGAUUGUGUUGCCGUUGCGGGGCACUGGGAAGCCGCUCAAGACGGUGGCCACCAAGGCGGCGCAACAGGCGACUGCUGCUGCCAAGCAGAAGCAAUUAAAAUCCGCACAUGGCGUCAAACCUAUUCAGGCUAAAUUGCAGCCACACCCGCAGCAGCAGCAACAUCAUCAUCAACAGCAACAACAGCACCAACAACAACAACAACACACCCCGAUUACAGUGGCAACCAAUGGAGCCACACAGCUACUUGGCCAGAAUCUGUUGCAGCCACAGUUGCUCUUCCAGAGCAAUGCCCACCCACAAGCGCAACAGCUGCUGUUGCCACAGACCCAGGCGCAGAAUAUCAUCUCAUUUGUGACGGGCGAUGGCAGCCAGAAUCAGCCGCUGCAGUACAUCUCGAUUCCAACGACAAACGACUUUAAGCCGCAGCAGCAGACGACGACGCCGACCUUCUUAACAGCUGCACCCGGCGGUGGUGCGACAUUUCUGCAAACGGAUGCCAGCGGCAAUCUUGUGCUAACCACUGCACCGAGCAAUUCUGGUCUGCAGAUGCUAACGGGUCAGCUGCAGACGCAGCCGCAAGUUAUUGGUACGCUGAUUCAGCCGCAGACACUACAGUUGACCACCACGGGUGCAGAUGGAACGCAGAGCGCGACAACGCAGCAGCCGCUAAUUUUGGGUGGAAAUGGAGCUGGUGGUGCAACUGGGCUGGAAUUUGCCACAGCCACGCCGCAAGUCAUAUUGGCCACGCAGCCCAUGUAUUAUGGAUUGGAGACAAUUGUUCAGAAUACGGUUAUGUCAUCGCAGCAAUUCGUGUCGUCGGCCAUGCCCGGUGUGCUCAGCCAGAAUGCCAGCUUUUCGGCGACGACAACGCAAGUGUUCCAGGCAAGCAAAAUCGAGCCGAUUGUCGACUUGCCCGCCGGCUAUGUGGUGCUCAACAAUACGGUCGAUGCGAGCGGACAUGCGGGCACCUAUUUGAACGCGGCGGCCAGCGUAUUGCAGCAGACUCAAUCGCAGACGGCGACGGAUGAUGCCACCACACAGAUGCUGCAGAAUGCUGGCUUUCAGUUUCAAACGACGCCCGUCUCGUCCAGUCAGCCGACCAUGUCGGAUUAUGGGGCACCACCAAUGGUAGUCACAGCAAAAGUUCCACCGGUGGCGCAGCUGAAGCGCAAUGCAAAUGCUGCCACCAAGACGCCUAUAUCGGUGCUGAGCAAGGUGCAGCCGCAUCAGCAGCAACAGCAGCACUCUCAGGUGGUCAACAAGGUGCUGCCCACACAUCAGCAGCAGCAUCAGCAGACGCAGCAGAAGCAGCAGCUAAACAAUCUGAAGUUGCAAGCACAGUUCCAGCGCCAGCAGCUGCAGACGAACGAGCUGAAGAACAAACAGCAGCAGCAGCAGGCAGCGCAAACGCAUGUGCAGCAAACGGGCACCACAUGUGGUGCACCGCCAAGCAUUGCAUCGAAGCCGCUGCAGAAGAAAACUAAUCUUAUACGGCCCAUACACAAGGUGGAGGUGAAACCGAAGGUCAUGAAGCCGGCGACCAAGUUGCCAACGACAGCAGCAGCAUUGCAGCAGCAGCAACUACAACCAUCAGUGGCAAGUCAGGUGCCAAAGGUGGCGCUGCUGCAACAGCGAUUGCCUGCACCGCAACAGCAACUCCAGCAGCAACAGCAGCAUCAGCCUUUGCAGUCCCUGCCACAACAACAACAACCGUUGCCAGCGCCACAAUUGUUGCCAGUUGCUGCCCAGCAGCCAGUCCUCAGCAUUGUAAAUACAGCCGAGCCACAAGCAACCGCUCAGUUUGUGAUAACGCCAGCGGUACAGGCUCAAGCUGUGCAGCUGUUGGAGCAGCAGACGCAACAACAGUUGCAGCAACAGUCGCAGCAACAGUUGCAGCAGCAGCCGGCGGAGCUGCUCGUUAAUGGGAGUGCAAGUCGAUUACAGCAUUAUGCCAGCAAUUCGCUGCCUACCAAUGUGGUGAAUCCGUUGCAGCAGCAGCCGCUGGUGGUUAGUGCCAACAGUGGCACCACCACUGUAGUACCGCCUCCGAACAAUAUAACGAUCAACAGUCGACCCACGAAUCGGGUGCUGCCCAUGCAGCAGCGUCAGGAGCCGGUGCCCCUUGACAGCGAUGUUGUGGUGCAGUCGCCAACGCCACCCAAGCCCAUCGAGGAGCCGGUAGCCGCGGGGGCAUCCACGCAGAAAGCUGUCGUCAAAUGUUAUGCUCAACUGGAGCAAAAGUCACCCAGCUACGAGAUUGAGCUGAAGAACAACAACACAACGCUGGAUAACCUGGUGCAGACGAAUGUAUUAUCUAAUCUGCAGGUGCAACAGCUGCAACAUGAGCCCAUCUACAACGAGAAUCUGUAUGAGAAACAGGCAGAGGAACCGUUGCAGCUGCAAGACAAACCCAAAAGCAAUGAUCUAAUGCUUAUCGAAGCCACAACGUGCCAACAGCAACAACAACAGCAGCAGCAGCAACAUAUGGAGCUAGUAGAGAAUGGCUUUCAGUUGACCUCGAAUGAGAAUUGUCUGCUGGAGAAACAUGGCUUCCAUGUCGAAGCUGUGGCCAUGGAUACCGAGGAUCACUAUGCCAAUCUCAAGAAUGGCAGCAAUGAGCCGCUCAGCCAGGCCGAUGAAGGCGAGGAUGAUGAGGAUGACGACGAUGACUUCAGCCUCGAAAUGGCUACAUCCGCAUGCAACGAUCACGAAAUGUCCGACAGCGAAGAGCCGGCCGUCAAAGAGAAGAUAAGCAAAAUUCUCGACAACCUAACGAACGAUGAUUGCGCUGACUCAAUAGCAACAGCGACCACUGUCGAGGCCGGCGCCGGCUAUCAGCAGAUGGUGGACGAUGUGCUGGCGACAACCGGAGCUGGUGGGGAAGUGCCCACGGACGAUGAUGCCUUUGCAGCCACCGCCGAAGAGACCGCUGCCGUUGAGGCCGCUGCCAGCUACAUUAACGAAAUGGCCGAGGCACAUGAGCUGCAAUUGAAGCAACUGCAGGCAGGCGUUGUACUCGAACUGAAGAAACCCAAAUUAGACGACGCGUCACAACAACAGCAGCAACCAGAGACAGUCGCUGCCAAUGAGGUGCCGACAGCAGCUGCUCCCCAGCAGCCGCCGAUGCCGAUGCGGGACCCAAAGAGGAUAAGCGGGCCACAUUUGUUGUACGAGAUACAAAGUGAGGAUGGCUUUACCUACAAGUCCAGCUCCAUUGCUGAGAUCUGGGAGAAGGUGUUCGAGGCAGUGCAGGUGGCACGACGUGCUCAUGGUCUCACUCCCCUGCCCGAGGGCCCCCUAGCCGACAUGAGUGGCGUGCAAAUGAUUGGCCUGAAGACGAACGCCCUCAAAUACCUCAUUGAGCAGCUGCCGGGCGUGGAGAAGUGCGCCAAGUAUACGCCCAAGUAUCAUAAGCGCAACGGCAACGUCUCCACGGCGGCUGGCCAUGCCGCCAGCAGUGCUGGCAGCAAUGCGGCUGCACUUGGUGCAGGAGCUGAUGCGCAGGCGCUAAUGGAUUACGGCUCAGAUCAGGAGGAGCUGCAGGAGAACGCUUAUGAGAGCGCACGCUGCGAACCGUAUAGCACUCGCUCCGAAUACGAUAUGUUUAGCUGGCUUGCGUCCAGGCAUCGCAAGCAGCCCAUUCAGGUCUUUGUCCAGCCAUCCGAUAAUGAACUGGUGCCCAGACGCGGAACUGGCAGCAAUCUGCCCAUGGCAAUGAAGUACCGUACGCUGAAGGAGACCUACAAGGAUUACGUCGGAGUCUUUCGUUCCCAUAUCCAUGGACGCGGUCUCUACUGCACCAAAGACAUUGAAGCGGGUGAAAUGGUUAUAGAGUACGCUGGCGAGCUGAUACGCUCCACGCUGACGGAUAAGCGGGAGCGCUAUUACGACAGCCGUGGCAUUGGCUGCUACAUGUUCAAGAUCGACGACAAUCUCGUGGUGGAUGCCACGAUGCGUGGCAAUGCGGCUCGUUUUAUCAAUCACUCCUGUGAGCCGAAUUGCUACUCGAAGGUCGUUGAUAUACUUGGCCACAAGCACAUCAUCAUCUUUGCCCUGCGACGCAUCGUGCAGGGCGAAGAGUUAACCUAUGACUACAAGUUCCCAUUCGAGGAUGAGAAAAUUCCCUGUUCCUGCGGCUCGAAGCGCUGCCGCAAGUACUUAAACUAAACAGGACUUCAAAUUAACAGAAAAAUGGGGAAAGGUCCCCGAACAUACUCAAUGUGAAAACACAGGCAGAAACAGCUAAAAGAAACAUGUGUAGUUAACGGUUAUAUCGAUCUAAUUUUUGGUCAAUCGUGAUACAUUUUCAUUUGAUAGCAUACAUUUUAAGUAGACGCUAGAUGCAACAGUUGUAAAUGUAAGAGUUAAAACGUUGAUAUUAUAUGCUAUAUAUCCUAUAAAUACACACACACACACACAUAUAUAUAUAUGUAUAUAUAUAUAUAUAUAUAAAUUCAAUAUUAUGCAACGUGCUCAUAUAGGAUUCCCACAUAUAUGGCAAACCCAUUGAUAUAACCUGUUCGAUAUACAUUAAUACGCAGACUUACACUUGCAAACACACACAAACACACCACACACCAAACACAAACACACCAUACAUACACACUUAUAUAAAAACAAGAAAACAAAAUGGGAAAACUCGAUGAUUUCAGUAUUCAGCGAAGAUGGUUUAACUGUAUAUGAAAUAUGUUUAAAUUAUGCAUUAUAUAUACAUAUGUAUUAGCUACCAUAUAUGAAAUUCAGUAUAUUAAGGCUUGACAGAUUCUAUAUUAACAUAAUUAAUCUAGGCAUGAGUAUGUUGCAAAUCAUAAGAUCAAGAUUAACAAUAUAAAUAUA